CAUAUGUGCCCAACAAAAUUGCAUCGUCCUGCAACAGCAAUGCUGCUACUGUUAUUACUGCAUCCCAGCAUCCAAGUGUCAGCUACAAAGAUGGCGCAUGCCCCCAACCAUCGGCGGCGGCGGCGCUUAUUUCGCCUCUUUCUCUGCCAGUCGCUUCUACUACUUUGCUGCGUUCGCGCAUACCCGGCAACACCCUGUACUAUGUUUGAGUUCCUGUGCGUCUAAAUGUUUGUCCUUUGGCCGGUCGCCAUGCGCCACCAUCUGCUCUCCUGAUUUUGUAAAUUGUCUACAUGCGAAAAGUUCAGCGCCGCUUGGUUUCUAUACGCCUGUGAAAGCACCCAUCGAUAACCUCUUUCAAUUGGGCGUAACGCGUGCACCUAACGGUAAUGGACAUCACGCCUACAAUAAAACAUCAACGCCCACAACCAAUGGUACCACCGCCACACAAAAUGGUCAAAGUAAUGGUGGUGGUGGUGGUGGUGGUGUCAACAGCAAUGGUAGCAACAAUGGCGGUGGUAACAGUGAAGGUGGCGCAGACGAGGGCGAGGAGACAGCCGAAAGUUUGCAAUACAUCAAGCCGGCGAAUGAUGAUCUCACCAUAGCGUACAGUGAAGGCACGCAGAAGACAGAUUUGCUAUAUUGAAUUGGAACGAAACCGGGCGAAGCAGGACGAGCAGUGGUAAACAGCGCAGCCGCAAAGCAGAAAAGUAGGCAAUCGAGCGUAAAAAAGGGGUUUGAGGAAGCUGAUUAUUUGAAAAGUAGCGUGCAACUGCAAGGCAGCAGUAUUCAGUGGAUUUUUUUUGCAGCCGAAGAGAGAGAGAGAGCUUUGCUUCCUGUGGCCGGCAGCAGUCGCACGUAUGCAGGGCAGGAGCAGUGUUGCACAUUUUGAAAAUUGUUCAUAUUGGAGCAACACACAAGUUAUAUAGUAAGCUAGUUUAUAAGUCGUCUAGGCGUGCAUUUUUCUUUAAUAAUUAUAUUUAGCAUUUUUUUUAUUUUAUGAUUUUUUUUGUUCUUUACUCUUGCGAUAAUAAUUUAGUAAUAUGCAGUUUUUUUUGUUUGAUAAAUACUAUAUUCCAUUGCACUUUUUAUGUGUGCUUGUAAAAUUAAUGCAAUGCAAAUUUUUUGUCUGUUAUUAAUAUAAAAACAAAAAAAAUUUAAAAAUACAAAAAAAAAUUAUGAAUAAAUAAUAAAAAAGUCUGUUUAGCUUACAGAGAAAUUCCGAAAAUUAAUUGUAAUAGAUAUACUUCAUAUGUUGUGUAUGUAGCAUUAGAGCGUGGCGCCAAAAAAGCAUAUAUGCUGUAGUGA